AUGCCAAUAUUCAAUGGACCACCUGUGGCACCAUCUUCGAGCAACACUCAGUGCGUCUCACUGAGUAACAUCGAGCUUGUUGAUAUUUUUUGUAUGUAUACUGGACUUCACGCUUUUAUUAAGGCUAAUUUAUUUUCAGAGAGAAGCUGCUCAUUGCCUCAAUCAUUGAUGUCUCAUAAGUACCAUAAUGAGACCCUGAUCUAUCAUGGCUACGUCGGGUGUAUGCCAAUGUAUCCCACAGUUGCAAUAUCCUUAUGCACUCUUGCUGCCUACCGCCAAAUAGGAUGUACAAUCCUUACACAAAUUCAUCGAACAUGUCCUCGUUUCAGCAUCCAAGCUCAAUGCAAAGCUCUAUGUUUUCUGCACGACAUUCCUUAUUGGCCAUACCUGUGCAUCCAAUUUUCAGCUGCAUAUGACAUAUACCUUGAAAUCAUUCACUGUGUUGAUAAGCAUCUCCAGGCAGCCUUGAAGCACAACAUGCCUAAUUGGCGAUUACUCAAUUCCUGUCCAGCAUGCUUCUAUAAGCUCCAGGAUGAGCCUGCACUUGAAUUUGACUGGCUCAUCUUGAUAGAUGGCAACAAUAGCUUGAAACACUGGGACUCCACCAUAUAUGGUACAACUGCACACACAGAUUCUUGCAAGGCACAUUCAGACUACUGGAUUGGACCCACCACUGUGGACCAAUUUAAGGGCGAAGUUAAAGCUCAAGAAGACUCAAGUCCUGAUGAUUGGGAAAAUGAACCCGUUGAUUGUAACUUGGGCUCGCUCACUUGCAUUAGUCGCUGGCGAAAUGCUGGACCCGAGACACACAAGAAGAUGUUCUUGGUCUUCCAUGAAUCAGGCAUUUUUAUUGCUGCCUGCUGUCAUCGUUUCAUACUUCUGGCCUGUGACAUCAUCCAAAGCGUUAAUUUGGCACUGAUUCAAUUUUACAGGGCUAAAUAUCCCCUUGCACUUAUCGAUAAGCUUAUUACAGUUUACGGAAAGAAUGGUGCCUGUGCUUAUGACAUUGGCUGCGCGUUCUCCAAGACCUUAAGGAAUAGCUCCUUAGGCCCACAAGCGUCAGAAUUAAAUUUUCAAAUGAUGGUUGGUGCAUUCCAUGGACACGCACAUAACCGCAAAUGUCAGCUGGUCUGGCAUCCAAUGUAUAUUCCGGGUACUGGACACAGCAAGGGUGAAGGGUGUGAGUACAUAUUUUCUGCCUCAAAUGAGCUUGCUUGUGGCACUAGACAUGCAAGCUCAUUCCACUGGCAUCAGACUAUCAAAGAACACUUUACAUUUUGGGAUGCUGACAAGUAUGCUGUGCUUUGUGCGUAA